AUGUGGGCUCAGGGGUUCAUGCGAGACGGGAAGCAGGGAAAUGCGGGGCGCCGCCCAGCCAGGCUGGCUGCUGACCAGGGGGACAUCCCGGGACUUUGGAGCCGCGUGAGGGCAGGAGCCACACGCACCCUGGCCCUCCUGCGCUCCCGCUGCCCGGCCGGAGGGCUUGGCGCAGCCUGGGGCUUGGCUGUGGUGGCUGAUGCCGCCUUCAUCCACGUCAUGCACCCUGGGCCUGUGGACUCGUGGUUUUCUUCGCAGUCGGCGUCCCCGUCCUGGGAGGGCUCCGCUGCCCUCCCAGCGCCCCCAGCAGCCCUGCGGGACGGUGCCCGCACACGCCGCUGCUCGGCUCCGCUCUCCAUUCCACCGCCUCCGCACGGCUCCUGUUCUCUCUGCGCCGUGCAUCUCGCCACGUUCUCUUCUGCAAAGCGCUCCUGA